AAGUACCGGUGAAACCCAUACAUGUACAUACAUAUGCCUCGGUGGCAGCUUAAGCUUUGUACCAUCGCCGUUGUUGCGUUGAUCUGCGUCACGGUGACAACCCCAACCUUCAUGCUUCGGAGGGCCCUUCGAACUUUCACACAUAUCCGCCCCUUCAGCACACAGUCCAUGACGAAAACGCUUUUCUUCUGUGAUUGGGAUGAGACAAUCACCAAGAGUGAUACACUGGGGCUGAUCGCCGAUGCCGCAUACACUCAACCAGACAUCUCUCCGGAGAUGCCACCGUGGUCAUAUUUUGGCGAGACAUACCUUGCUGACCUCGAUAAGCAUGAGAAGGCGUACGGGCCACGGGACACGAUCGAGAAGCAGUUCGACUACCUGAGUAAGAUGGGGCCAAUCGAGAUUGCCUCAGUCACCCGAGUCGAGAACUCCGGCCUCUUUAAGGGUGUUCCUGUUGAGGCAGUCAGAGAGCAAUCGAAGAACGCGAGGGCAAGAACGGGUUGGUGGGAGUUUGCGCAGAGGUUACAGCGAGACUCGGAUGUCGGUGAUGUAAAAGUCAUCAUUGUGUCUGUGAACUGGUCCAAGACGUUCAUUGAGACGUUUCUUGCGAAGGGUAGGGUACACGAUAUGUUGUUCGAGGUGUACGCUAAUGAAGUGAUGAUGGACGAGAAUGGGAAGGGGACGGGUGCGUUGAGCAAGAAGUUGGAUAAGGGCAUUAGGACUGGGAUGGAUAAGCUGAGAGUGAUGAAGGAGAUUAUGGAGAGGGAAGGAGGUAGGGAGGGCAAGAAGGUGAUCUAUGCUGGAGAUAGUAACACGGAUCUGCCAUGCCUGCUUGAGGCGGACAUUGGAGUUGUCCUUGGUCGAAGCGGAAGUUUGGCGAAGACCUGCCAGAAUUUGGGCAUUGAGAUCCAUGAGGGGUUAGACGGGUGCAAUCUGGAGCGGGCAAAGGACAGGCAUGUAUUUUAUAGGAUAGACGACUGGACGACAGUACUCGAUAAAGGUUUACUUGAUUAG